AUGCUCAAAUCUACAUAUACUCCACCACCUCCAUUGCCCCCGGGAUGGACUGAGCAUCGGGCGCCCACUGGUCAUUUGUACUAUUACAACACUGCUACGAAGCAAUCAACGUAUACGCGACCUCAAAUACAUGCUCCUCAAUCAGUGCCUGCUGCUCCAUCCUAUUCCCCCGAAACGUUACCACCUUUUUCCUCAACGCCGUAUGGCUCCGCAGGUUUUCAACAUGGCGGAGCGCAACACCACCAAAACCAGCCAGAGAACAGACAUGGCCGCGGCGGAUUCAGAGGUGGAAAGGGAUACCAAGAUCGUGAUCGGCGAGAGCCUCAGGACCGACCAAAGUCCAAACAUGUUAUUCCAGACUGUGCGCCAUGGGUACUUGUCAAAACUAAAUUGGGACGGCGGUUCGUGCACAAUCCAGAUACCAACGAGAGUCUUUGGAAGUAUCCUCAGGAGGUCUUGAAAGGCGUCAUUGCGCUCGACCGAUUGGAGCGCGAAAAGAAAGAAAGAAUCGAGCGCGGCGAGGAACCGGAGCAACCUACAAAAGCAAUCGCACCCACGGAGACAUCAAAGCCAGACGUUGACGAUACAGCUGCAAAGGAUACCCAUAAAGCAGAUGAAGUUCAAGAAGGCGCAGAGGAUAGUGACGAAUAUGAGGAGGUCGAAGUUACGGACAGUGAGGAUGAAGAUGGCCAGCCGUCAAAACGUACGCGAACCGAAAGCGAAGGACCGAGUAACCAGCCAGUUGAAUUUACCGAGGAAGAUAUGGAAUUCCAACUCGCUGCAAUGGGCGAAGACUAUGGAUUGGAUCCUGGUGAGUAUGGUGAUCUCGGCGAAGGUGAUUGGGACGACGAGACGCAGGGUCUUCCAUUGACGGAGGCUGAUGCCGAUGCACUAUUUCGUGACUUGUUGGAUGACUUCAACAUUAGUCCAUUUACAACAUGGGAGAAAAUCAUCGAAGAAGGUCGCAUUGUUGAAGAUCCAAGAUACACCGCGCCUUCAAACAUGAAAGCUCGAAGAGAAAUUUUUACCAAUUGGAGCAGGGACCGCGCCAAGGAUGUUCAAGAGCGCAAGAAAAACCAGGAGAAGCAGGACCCACGCAUCAAGUACUUCGCUUUUCUUCAAGAACAUGCCACUCCCAAGCUGUAUUGGCCGGAGUUUAAGCGCAAGUAUCGGAAAGAACCAGAGAUGAAAGACUCCCAACUGCACGAUAAAGACCGCGAGAAGUUCUACCGCGAAUAUAUCUCAAAGCUCAAGAGCCCUGAAAGCACUCGCAAAUCAGACCUGUCCGCUCUACUCAAGUCUGCGCCAUUGCAUGCUCUUAAUAGGUCUUCUAGCGUGGAUGGACUCCCUACAUUAAUCAUCACCGAUAUCCGAUACAUUGCGCUUCCGGCAGAGACCCGCGAUCCAUUGAUUGAGGCAUUUAUAUCUACAUUGCCUCCCGCACCCGAGGAGCAGUUGACACCAGAACAACAAGAAGAGCUGGAUCGCAAACGGGGAGAACGUGAAAAACGUGAAAAAGCACUUGGAGAUCGUGAGAAGCGCGUCGAAGAAGAUAAACGGAGACAGCGUGGUGAUCUUCUUCGUGGCAAGCAUCUUCUUCGAGAAGGCGAGGCGGAAGUAGCAGAAGCUUUGAGAAUCAACAAGGAUGGACUGCGCAGUCACAUGGAAGUUGGCAAAUCGCCGGCUGGUGAGCUUGAUGGACAGAGCUAA